UACCAAUCCUCGAAGUCCCAUGCCAUGGCAGCACGCUGUCCCUGUGCUGCUGGGGCUAUUUUUACCCACGCUUGGCGAAGCGAGAGAUGGUGAAGAGGUGGCGCAUUUGAGCUGGGAUGAACUGCAGCAGGUCCCUGAGGACCCGUGGCUGGCCAACACCCGGCGGCAGAUCUUCGAGCAUUGGCCCAAGAUCACCAUGACCUCCGAGGCGCGGAUGAGAACCACCACCCUGUUGUUAACCUGGAUUUCACAGCAACGCAUUGCGGGUGAUGUGGCAGAGGCUGGAGUGUGGAGAGGAGGCCACGCAUUGUUCAUGAAGUUCGCGUCCGACUACCUGCAACGGAUCUCUAGGCGGCCUCGGCGCGUUUGGCUGCUGGACAGCUUUGAGGGCUUUGGCCAUAAAAACGAAGGCAUCGACGAGGUCUUCAACCGUGUGAACAACAGCGCUGAGGGCUGGUACUCUGUGAUCUCCUUGUUUCGCGGUUUGCAGGUCUUAGACUCACGCGUGGUCUUCGUGCGCGGCUUCUACGAGGAGUCCCUUUGGAAGGUUCCACCCUUUGUCCGCCUGGCCUUGCUCCGCGUAGACUGCGAUAUGUACUCGAGCAUUGCCCAAGUCCUGUGCUAUCUCUACGACUUGAUCUCCGUAGGAGGCUUCGUGAUCAUUGACGACUGGGGCACCUGGCCGUCGGCGCAGUUGGCCGUGAUUGACUUCUUGGAACAGGGCCUGGCCCAAGACGUCCGCGUGAACAUCCGCAAGACCGGUGCCGAUGCCAUGCUCGAGGCCCGGCGGCGGGGACCGCGUCCCAUGCAAAAGACCUCCAGCGCAGAGAACGUGGGUGAUGUGUGGUGGCAGAAGAGGAUGGAAAGCAAAGUUGCAGACAGCCGCUUCUGCCUGGAGAAGGUUGGAAUGAAGGCCAGGGCUGUGGACUCCUUUUGCACUGAAGAUUGCUUGCCCUCCUGCUGUCUUUGAGAGCGCGGCAGCCAGCUGCCUCCUCGCUGGCUUCAACCUCGUCACAAGGAGCUGGAAUCCCCGCUGGAGAGAAGCUUCCAAGUCCAUGAAAGCAGAUGCGGAUGCCAGAAGGAGGUGGCGACCAGCGGCUCGCACGACACCUCCGGUCUACCCGCAUCUUCCGUCGUUUGCCCCGCUCGCCCUCGCAGAGCGCGGCAGACAGAUGCGAA